CAGAAAGCUGCAGGGAACGGAAUGAAUGCCAGAAAGAUUCAACAGGAAUCCUUGUGUACUGCACCAGUCACGGGAGAUAACCACCCUAACGCAUCCAGAGAUGGUGUGGAGGGAGACGCUUCAGUAAAUGGAGCCAAACCACACACGCUUCCAGUGGAACAUCAACGUGAGGGAUUUAAAGAGGAACUCGUUCUUAAAACUAAAAAUCAACCUAGAUUCUCCUCUCCAGAUGAGAUUGGUUUGCCCAAAGAACUGAAAGAAAAUGUUCCCAUCCUGGGAAGAAAUCUUUCUUGGCAACAAGAAAGAGAUGUGGCUGCCACAGUCAAUAAGCAAAUAAGUGAGAAGAUAAGGCUCUCUGAGGGCGAAGCCAAAGAGGACUCCUCAGAUGAAGAGGUUUUUCAUCACAAAGCAAUGCAGUGCACAGAGGAAGUAGGACAGACAGACCAAUCUGACAGCACAGGAGAACCAGCUUUCCUUUCAGAAGCAGGAGAGAAUGAUCAUCCCCCUGAAGAACUACUGGAGGAUGAAAAUGCUGUAAGUGCCAAAUGGUCUAAAGAAGAAAACCCUGGAAUUCAGGGCAGGCAGUUUGAUGUUAAUCUGCCAGUCCCUGAAAGAGCAGUUUUAGAGACCACUAAUCCUGACCCCAAAAUUGAAGAAAGCAAGCAAGAAACUAGUAAGAUUUUGGACAGUGAAAAAAAACGUGAGACUGCAGCCAAAGGAUUCAACACAGGAGGCAGGGAACCAUAUACAAUGGUGGAAAAAGAAUGCCCUCUGGCAGAUGAGAAAGCAUUCAGAGCAUCUGAAGGAAGUGACGUUUCUGACAGCAUAAAAACUCAGACUCCAGAGUUAGCUGAAGUGUUUCAGAAUAAAAAUUCUGAUUAUCUGAAGAACGACAACCCUGAGGAACAUCUGAAGACCUCAGGGCUUGCGGAUAAGCCUGAGGGAGAACUCUUAAAGGAGGACCAUGAGAACACAGAGAAAUACAUGGGCACAGAAAGCCAGGGUUCUGCUACUGCAGACCUUGAAGAUGACUUGUUCCAUUGGACUCCCCAUACAACUGUAGAGCCAGAGAAUGGUGACAAGAGGGAGGACUUGCCUAUCAGAAGCAGCUUCUUUAAAGAACAGCAGUCUUUGCAGUGGUUCCAGAA